UGAGGCAUAGACUUAGGUCAGCUGACUUCAUUUCUAUCAUUGGUCUUGUGAUAAGUUGUGAACCUCCGCCAUUCUCGGUCCGUCUUUUCCAUCUUUCUCGUCCUGCAAAGAAUUAAUAAUUCAAAAUGAGCAAAAGCGGUUUGAAGACAAUCGCUGAUGAGGAUAAGGAGGAGAAGUUCGGAUUCGUAUUCGCCGUAUCCGGUCCCGUCGUCACGGCGGAGAAAAUGUCCGGAUCGGCUAUGUACGAGCUGGUGCGUGUCGGGUACCACGAGCUGGUCGGAGAGAUCAUUCGUCUUGAGGGUGACAUGGCCACCAUCCAGGUAUACGAAGAAACAUCAGGUGUAACAGUAGGUGACCCCGUACUGCGUACUGGCAAGCCCCUGUCUGUAGAGCUCGGUCCCGGUAUCCUCGGCUCCAUUUUUGACGGUAUCCAGCGUCCAUUGAAGGACAUCAACGAGCUCACACAGUCCAUCUACAUCCCCAAGGGUGUCAACGUACCUUGCCUUGGACGUGAUGUCACCUGGGAAUUCAACCCCUUGAGUGUUAAGGUCGGUUCCCACAUCACCGGAGGAGACUUGUACGGUAUCGUACACGAGAACACACUGGUUAAGCACAAGAUGUUGAUCCCACCCAAGGCCAAGGGUACCGUCACCUACAUCGCGCCACCCGGCAACUACAAAGUCACUGACGUGGUGCUGGAGACGGAGUUCGACGGCGAGAAGGAGAAGUACUCCAUGCUGCAGGUCUGGCCCGUGCGCCAGCCGCGACCCGUCACCGAGAAGCUGCCCGCCAACCAUCCGCUACUCACGGGCCAGCGCGUCCUCGACUCUCUCUUCCCUUGUGUCCAGGGUGGUACCACGGCCAUCCCCGGCGCCUUCGGUUGUGGCAAGACUGUCGUCUCACAGGCUCUGUCCAAGUACUCCAACUCCGACGUCAUCAUCUACGUCGGGUGCGGUGAACGUGGUAACGAGAUGUCUGAGGUACUGCGUGACUUCCCCGAGCUGACGGUAGAGAUCGAGGGCAUGACCGAGUCCAUCAUGAAGCGUACAGCACUCGUCGCCAACACCUCCAACAUGCCUGUAGCCGCCCGAGAGGCUUCCAUCUAUACCGGUAUUACCCUCUCCGAGUACUUCCGUGACAUGGGUUACAACGUGUCCAUGAUGGCUGACUCGACCUCUCGUUGGGCUGAGGCUCUUCGUGAGAUCUCAGGUCGUCUGGCUGAGAUGCCUGCUGACUCCGGUUACCCCGCCUACUUGGGAGCUCGACUGGCUUCCUUCUACGAGCGUGCCGGACGAGUGAAGUGCUUGGGUAACCCCGACAGGGAGGGCUCCGUGUCCAUCGUCGGCGCCGUGUCGCCGCCCGGAGGAGACUUCUCCGACCCCGUGACGGCGGCCACGCUGGGUAUCGUGCAAGUGUUCUGGGGUCUCGACAAGAAGCUCGCGCAGCGCAAGCACUUCCCCGCCAUCAACUGGCUCAUCUCCUACAGCAAGUACAUGCGAGCGCUCGACGACUUCUAUGAGAAGAACUACCCCGAGUUCGUGCCCCUCAGGACCAAGGUCAAGGAGAUCCUACAGGAAGAAGAGGAUCUUUCUGAAAUCGUGCAGCUGGUCGGUAAGGCAUCGCUUGCCGAAACUGACAAAAUCACCCUCGAGGUCGCCAAGCUGCUUAAAGACGACUUCUUGCAACAAAACAGCUACUCGUCGUACGAUCGUUUCUGUCCGUUCUACAAGACCGUGGGCAUGUUGAAGAACAUCAUCGCAUUCUACGACAUGUCGCGACACGCCGUGGAGUCCACCGCCCAGUCCGACAACAAGGUCACCUGGAACGUCAUCCGUGACGCCAUGGGCAACGUACUCUACCAGCUCUCCUCCAUGAAGUUCAAGGACCCCGUGAAAGAAGGCGAGGCUAAGAUCAAGGCAGACUUCGACCAACUCCUGGAAGACAUGGCAGCCGCCUUCCGCAACCUCGAGGACUAAACGUCACCUCGGUCGCCAUCACCGCACCAGCCCACGCCUGCCUCUACUUAAUGUUAGGAGAUCGAAACUACUGGCGUGGUCGCUCUAACUACACCAUAGUCGACAGUGCUACGCGAGAGCGUAUUGUUAAUACACUAAAUAGACAUAAAUAAAUGUGUUAAAGUCUACGUAGUGUGAAUAGGAUUAAUUAUAUUAUUACUCGUAUUUCAAUGCAGAAUUCGUAAUUCCAAUUGUUGAAAUUGAAAGGAGCGCCGCGCGGCAGGUCGCCGGACGCCCCGCUCCAUUUGUAAAUACACGAACAAAUGCCGGCGGCCCGCCGCGCCAACGCUCGCAGUUAAUUAGUUGUUAUUUAUAUAAAAAUAUAUACAUACUAUUUAUACACUAACAAUCAAUUAUUUUACGCCCGUUUGUACUUCGCGUGUUAAACAAAUCAUAAUAUCGAGUACCCUCUUGCAUUCCACGUUAUUAUUAGAGUUUAAUCGAAGUAACAUGUUUUUGUUGAAAAAAAUAAAAGCAACAGUUUUUUUACGCUUUUCGUGUCUCGAUAUCAGUGUUACCAGCAUUUUGAUGUACCGGAAAUGUAUAAGAGUUCAGUAUUAUGUUUACUUUGAUAGUUCUCGCUGUAUUAGCUAGCGGCGUGUCUUGUACAAAAAAUCAUGCGCUAUAAUAACGUAUAGUUACUUGCUGUUUGAACCUCUGUGAAGUUACGUGUUGAGGAGACGAAAGUUAUAAAUAAAUACAAUAAAGUGUA